AUGGCGCGUAUACGAACAUCGGAUCGCCGGAACACAAACGACCAGGCAGGCUCGGAAAGCCGGCAUCGGGUGCCGUCGAUGGCAAGAGCGCCAGCUGCUGAUUCGUCUGGUGCGCAGUCAACACCAGCCGCACGGCGUGCUUCCGAGGGAGUCUCUGUAGCUGAGCCUCCGUCAAAGCCAGCUGCUGAUUCGUCUGGUGCGCAGUCAACACCAGCCGCACGGCGUGCUUCCGAGGGAGUCUCUGUAGCUGGGCCUCCAUCAAAGCCAGCUGCCGAUUCGUCUGGUGCGCAGUCAACACCAGCCGCACGGUUUGCAUCCGAGGGUGUCUCUGUACCUGAGCCUCCGUCAAAGCCAGCUGCUGAUUCGUCUGGUGCGCAGUCAACACCAGCCGCACGGGGUGCUUCCGAGGAUAUCUCUGUACCUGGGCCUCCUUCAGACAUUGCGGACACGAUCUCAAAGAAUGAUCGAAGCGUAACCCCGACGAUUCCGACUUUAUUCCGCGUCUACUGCCACACGGAGUUUGGCGAUGCUGUCGUCGCCGCUGGUAGUCACGACAAAUUGGGCAACUGGGAGCCCGCGAAAGCGCUCCGGCUCCGUCAUCAAUGCCAAGUGGAUACACCGUUCCGUGACUGCUGGGAAGGCGAGGUAGACCUUGUACCCGAAACAAGCUUCGAGUUCAAAUUCGUGCGUCUUAUAGGCGGAGAUCCGCAGCGUGCGCUCUGGGAAACCGGACCCAACCGAAGAGCCGUGAUCCAGAGAAACUCGAAGGACGGCUGCCUGAUUGAAGUGGAAUGGGAGCGUACGCGUGUGCUGUUCUCAAUAUACUAUCCUACCAAAGAGAAGCAGCAUCUCUGUGUCACUGGCGAUCUUCCGGAAAUCGGUCGGUGGGUAGAACCGGGUCCAGUACCCAUGGCCCUCUCAACUACUGAGGAGCGUUUGGAAACAGGAGGCAAGGGCCGACGUUGGUCCUUGACGGUUUCAGUGCCAUCCACGGUGGGCAAAUUCGCCUAUCGCUAUGUGCUAGUCGACGAUAACCGCCAGCAAACGAUCUGGGAACGAGAACCGAAUCGCUAUGCAACACUAGAACGAGCGGUGAACGGGCGCCUCGAAUGUUUCGAUGCAAAUUUUGUCGCUUCGUUAGAAUUUGAUGAAAUAUGUCCGGACAUUUACAUAGGGCCCUACCCACAAACUCCAGAGCAUGUCGAAAUGAUGCAUGAGGCGGGGAUUACGGCUGUUUUGAAUUUACAGACCGAUGAGGACUUUGCACACCGCAGUAUUCCCUGGUCGACGCUGAUGGAGACAUAUACAGCACUAGAGAUGCAAGUCAUCCGUUGUCCGAUUCCGGAUUUUAAUGCGGAGGCGCUCAUGCAGUUGCUUCCGGAUGCCGUACGCGCUCUUGAUGCGGCGCUCAAGGCGAAGCGCGUCGUCUACGUGCACUGUACCGCAGGAAUGGGUCGAGCGCCCGCUGUAGUUGUCGCCUACCUCGUGUGGCGCCGCGGCAUGACGCUGGAGGAUGCCUUGUCGCACGUUAAAGCACGUCGUGCUGUGGCCGCGCCGAAUGUCACCGUAUUGGAAAAGGUUCUUCGUAAUCCCUUGUGA